AUGGAUUAUUCAAGGACUCUUCAAGGUCUAGAAGACCAAACGGCACAUAUUAGCGAACAAGUUCUAGUACAACAAGAACAGCAGCGAUCUGGAGCACUAAAUGAACUCCAGCAAACGAUAUUGCAGAUUACUGAGAAUAACAAAUUUCUAAAAUGCUCUGCAAACACUGACGGGAAAUUACUAGACCCUAGAACGGUGCCUGUGCAGUUGAGCGGUUGCACGAAGUUAGCAGAGCUAUUGAAGGCGGUGCAUCUGGAACAAGAGACGUUAGACAACUUCUUCCGGUAUACUAUAUCGAAUAAUGAUACACAAUUGGAAAUACGGUCGAAAGAGGAUCCACGUUACGUGGAAUUAUCUGAGGAAUUAGAACAAUUAGAAUCUGUGGAAUUGAGUGGAUUAGAGGCAGAUAUAGAAAAGUUAGACUCUAAAAUUAUUGAAGAGACCAAUAAGGUUACUGAAACGAAUGAAGCAGUUAACGAAUCAUGCCUCAGUGUCGGUAAUGUAAUAGAUAAUUGCUGGAAACUGCUAGAUGAGCUUGAGAACUUGAAGCGUGUUCAUACGAAAAAAGUAGAUGAAUUGGUUCCCUUAGAAGAGACCCACAGGAAAUGGAAAGCAAUGGAGCUCGACUUCCAGCAACAAAAGCAUCUAAAAGAGCAAUUGUCAAUUCUUGAGGCUACUAAAUUCUCCUUGGAAAAGGCGGUGGAUAACAGUAAUAGUGAUACCUCGGCGAACGGGAAAUCUUCGGAGAGCUUUGUGACAUAUCAGCUGCUGAACGACCUGUGGAAAAAGCAGUUUAUUAACGAUAGUGAAAUCAAGAACUUAGAUUUCUUCCCGAAGACGGAAAAACUGCAAUUUCAGAUAAAGGGUAUGACCUGCGUUGUUUCUCUCAAUAGCGGACGGAUAAUCGCGAUCCAGUUGUUUAGUGAAGAGACUCCUAUAGACCAGUUGACCGCAGCUGAAACCGAGCUGAACAGUCAGUAUAUAAGUACUGACGAGAUACCGAGACUGGUGCAACACAUAAAAACGAAAUUUAAAGAACCACAAGGUGUCACAGCACCAUUGCCUUAA